AUGAACCACGAUAAUCUCUACGGGUAUAUCCCGUCCAUUGUGGCGGGAGUCAUCUUCAUUAUCCUCUUCUCUGGCACGACCUUCUUCCAUGCUUUUCAAUUGACCAAGGCACGAUGCUGGUACUUUAUUCCCUUCGUCGUGGGAGGUGUCUUCCAGGUCAUCGGAUACAUCUGCCGCGUCAUCGCCCGCAAUAACCUCAACUCCGUGGCCAUUUACGCUAUGCAAUCGGUGUUAAUCCUACUCGCGCCCCCGCUAUACGCCGCAUCGAUCUACAUGGUCCUCGGCCGAACAGUCACAUACCUCAACGCCGAGAACCUGAGUCUCGUCCGCGUCCGCUGGUUGACCAAGAUCUUCGUCUCGGGCGAUGUUUUCUCGUUCCUCCUCCAAUCCGCCGGUGGUGGACUCAUGGCCUCUAGUAACACUAGCACUCGCCAAACGGGCUCCAACGUCGUCAUUGGCGGUCUAGUCGUGCAGCUUCUUUUCUUCGGAUUCUUCGUCGUCGUCGCUGCAAUAUUCCAUCAUCGCAUUGAGAAGAAUCCUACAUCAAAGUCUCAGAACGAGCGCAUGUCGACGAGGGCCCAGGGCUGGCGUCAGCGUAAUUGGUUGACUAUUUUGCUGGCGUUGUAUGUGGUUAGCGCGUUGAUUUUGAUCCGGUCGAUCUUCCGCCUUAUCGAGUAUAAGGGUGGGUUUGAUGGGUAUCUUAUGACGCAUGAGGCAUUUGGGUAUAUCUUCGAUGCCCUGUUGAUGUUUAUUGCCAUGGUUGUGAUGAACGUGUAUCACCCCGCGGUGAUUCUUGGGGAUGGAAAGGGUGGCGGCAGACAGUACUCUGAGUACGGCGAGGAUGUUCUGUUAUAG